GGUGAAGCUGAUGAGCCGGGCCCGCAAGCUCGACAGUGCUUUCAGCGUGGUGGAGGAGAUCUCCUCCAAGCAUGGGUUCCGUCCCAACGUCCACGUGCUCACGAACCUGAUUCAGGCCUGCGUGUCCAAUCGCCAGCUCAAGCGGGGCCUCGACACCUGGGAGGCGAUGAUCAGGGACAAGGUGCAGCCAGACCAGCGCACCUACGCGGUGUUGGUGCGGGCUUGCCUCACCCAGGGCAGGCUGGACACCGUGGAGGCGCUGCUCCGCGGCGCCCUCGGGAUCCCAGGCUCGCCGGCGGGGGCGUUCUGCCCGAACCUGGACGGCGCCCUGGUGAACGAGGCCCUCGCCGGCCUGGCCGACAGGGGCGCCUCGGACCGACGCCGCGAUGGCCCUGGUCACGGAGAUGAAGCGUGCUGGGUCACGUGUUCGCAUCGACACGGCCACCCAGCGCCGCCUUGUGCAGGCG